AUGACUCAAGUGACGCCUGCAAUGCUGAGCGCUCGCGCCUCGUCGCUCUCACUCCGCCAGCAGGCGCUAUCAUCGUCUUCGACCCUCAACAACAUUGCGAUUGCCGAAAAAGCCGAGACUAAACGAUCCAAGAAUUUCAUCCUCUCAGAUAUGAAGGGUCGCGAUACAAGAGACAACCGCGUGUGCGCAUCUUGCAUCUCCAAGCUUGCGCCUGACGAGGUCGGUCAAGUCAACUGGCACCUCGAGGACGGCCAGUCUUGCCGUCUGUGCCAGAUCGAGAAGCUCGAACCUGAGGCUUUCACAAAACCUUUCACCGACUUUCUUCAAGAGAACCCCACCAUCUUUCACACUGUCGAUUAUUUCGAGAACAAACUCAAGGAGCUUGGCUACGAGCAGCUCUCUCCACGCGACAACUGGGAGGGCAAGAUCAAAACUGGUGGCAAGUACUGGGUCACUCGAAAUGCUAGCUCUCUUAUCGCAUUCAAGGUUGGCAAAGCAUACAAGCCUGGACACGGUGUUGCCAUGAUUGGUGGUCACAUUGAUGCCCUUACCGCGAAGCUCAAGCCCGUGAGCACAAAGCCUGUGAAGGCCGGCUUCAUCGAACUCGGUGUCGCGCCCUAUGCUGGAGCCUUGAACUCAACAUGGUGGGACCGCGAUCUGAGUAUUGGUGGUCGGGUGAUUGUGAGAGACGAGGAGACUGGCAAAAACAUCACCAAGCUGGUCAAGUUGGACUGGCCCAUCGCUAGAAUUCCUACCCUUGCGCCUCAUUUUGGAGUCGGUAUGUUGGGAAACAACAAUGCCGAGACUCAAGCUGUCCCUAUCAUCGGCCUGGAAAGCUCGCAGCGUCCGUCCACUGGAGCCCUGGGCCCCGCUGGCUCUUUCGUCAACACCCAACCUCCUCGAUUGGUUGAGCUCAUUGCUAAUGAGCUUAAGAUUCAGUCUUACGGAUCAAUUGUCAACUGGGAAUUGGAGCUUUAUGAUUCUCAGCCUCCGCAAACUGGUGGCAUGGACAGGGAGUUUAUCUUUGCUGGUCGUAUCGAUGACAAACUCUGCUCAUGGGCUGCUCUGACCGCGCUCCUUGCCUCCACCGACAACAGCGACGAGGGCGGAAUCAAGCUCGUCGCCUUGUUCGAUGAUGAGGAGAUUGGUUCUCUUCUCCGCCAAGGCGCCAGGGGUAACUUCCUCCCCACUGUCAUCGAACGAACUGUCGAGGCCCUCAGCCCCGACACAUACGGACCCGGCUUGAAGGGACAAACAUAUUCAGCUUCGUUCUUGGCCUCCGCGGAUGUGACUCAGGGAGGAUCGCCAAACUUCCUUGAGAAGUACCUCCCUGAGCAUGUUCCCGAGCUCAAUGUCGGUAUCGCCAUCACCUACGAUUCAAACGGUCACAUGACCACAGACAGCGUUUCCGCUGCUAUCAUGGAGCGUGCAGCCGAGCUUGGUGGGUGCCGCACGCAGAAAUUCCAGAUCCGAAACGACUCUCGUAGCGGCGGUACCAUUGGACCUGCUCUGUCGAGCAUGAUGGGUGUCAGGGCAGCUGAUGUUGGUCUUCCCCAACUCAGCAUGCACUCCAUCCGUGCCACCACCGGCUCGCUGGACCCUGGCCUGGGAGUCAAGUUCUUCAAGAGCUUCCUCGAUAACUGGGAGAAGAUCGAUGCUGAGUGGAACUAG